UUUAUAAAGUUAAAUACAAAAAACACAUCCUCACUGAUUGAAAAACAACAAUGGAAGAAAAACCGUAUACGCCUUCAAUAAGAUCUGAAAAACAACAACGGUUUUAUGAAACAACCAAUGAGGAUCAAUACAUUGAGGAAGAUCGAGCCUCCAGUGUGGUGAACGAAUAUGGACACGGAAACGGCAGUUUCUUGACAGCCUACUUUAAUGUGGUAUGUGUCGUCGCCGGUACCGGUACACUUGGUUUGCCUAAAGCUUUUGCAGACGGUGGAUGGCUGGGUAUUCUCAUCUUAUUUUUGGCCUACUUUAUGGCUGUGUAUUCUGGUAUUGUCUUGAUCCGCUGUUUAUACUAUAAGCCUGGCCAACGUCUUUCAGACUAUAAGCAGAUCGGAACACACGCUUUCGGUCUCCCUGGCUACCUUGUAGCAAGCGCUCUUCAUCUGUUGAAUCUGUUUGGUUGUCCGGCUCUUUACGUUGUAUUAGCUAGCAGUAACAUGUCCUCUCUGUUGAAAGGCACUGCCGGUGAGUUGAACUACAAAAUCUGGGCCAUCAUUUGGGGCGUUUUCCUCUUGAUCCCAUCGUUAGUGCUCAAGACGUUGAAAGAGGUCACCGCCAUUGCGGCUAUUGGUGCCGUCUGUACCAUGGUCGCUGUCUUUAUUAUUGCCAUCCAAGGCCCUCUUCUCCGUAAUGCCCACCCCGAAGUACCGGUCGUCCACGACUCGGUCAUCUGGCAAGGCUUUCCUGUCGCUUUGUCCACCAUCGCUUUCUCCUUUGGCGGAAACAACACCUAUCCGCAUGUCGAACAUGCCUUAAAGAAACCUCACCAAUGGAAAUGGGCUGUCACGAUCGGCUUAUCUACCUGUACCGCUUUGUAUUUUCUCACCGCUGUUCCCGGUUAUUGGUCGUUUGGUAGAGAAACAAAGUCUCCCGUCUACAGCUCUCUUCCCGCCGGCAGUGUUCCGCAAAUCAUCUCGAUGAUCGUCAUGACCAUUCACGUUAUCUUUGCCAUUCCUAUCUACACCACUUCCUUUUCUCUCGAGUUCGAAGAGUGGGUCCAUGCCACAGACGAACGUUUAGGUAAAUUCAAGGCCUGGUGUGCUCGUGCUGUGAUUCGUACAUGCACCAUGGUGAUUCUCGUUAUCUUGGCUGUUUUCAUUCCCUAUUUCGACGAUUUUAUGGGCUUGAUCGGCGCUCUUGCCAACUGCGGUUUAGUCUUCUUAUUACCCAUCUUAUGCUACUUGAAAUUAACAGGUGUCAGGAAUAAGCCUUGGUAUGAGCUUGCUUUCUGUGCUUUAACAUUAUUCUUGGGUAUCAUUGGCUGCGUCUUUGGUACAAUCGAUUCCAUCAAAGCAUUGAUCAAAGACUUUCACUCGUAAAAAAAGAGAAAAAAAAAAAAAAAA